AUGCGCGCGUCCUGCCGACUCUUCCAGCGUCUCCCACGAAACUGUACGUCGCAGCUGUUGCGACCUCUCGCCAGCAUGGGCAAGCAUCACUUGAUGGUCGGCACCUGGGUCCGCCCGGGUGCCAUCUUCACCUUCGAGUUCGACGACGAGGCGCUGACUUUGAAGCUCCUCAAGCGCACUGAGAUCGACUACGACGAGCCUAUCUCGUGGAUGACUUUCAGCCAUGAUAGGAAGCAGAUUUACGGCGCGUCCAUGAAGACGUGGACCAGCUACACGGUCAAGAGCCCAACCGAUAUCGAGCGGAGCGCAUCACACCCAAUCUCUGGGCACCCCCUCGCCGCGAACAAGGAUACCAACACCCGCGCCAUUUUCCUUCUCGCCGCCAAGCAAGCCCCGUACAACGUCUACGGCAACCCCUUCUACGACCACGCUGGCUUUGGCAAUGUGUUGUCGGUCAACGAAGACGGUUCGCUGAAGGAGAACAUCCAGGACUACGAGUAUGAGCCCAAGACGGGCAUCCAUGGCAUGGUCUUUGACCCGACAGAGACGUACCUGUACUCGGCCGAUCUGCGCGCAAACAAAGUGUGGACGCACAAGAAAGACCCCAAGACCGGCCAGCUGACCCUGCUCGGGUCUCUGGAGGCACCAGACCCAGGCGACCACCCAAGAUGGGUUGAGAUGCAUCCAAGCGGGAACUACAUUUAUGUUCUGAACGAGGCUGGCAACAACCUCGCGGAAUAUGUGAUUGACCAGCAAACGCAUCUGCCCGUCUUCACCCACCGUACCUUCCCGCUCAUCCCACCAGGCCUCCGAUAUAACCUCAAGAACUACCGUGCCGAUGUUGUCUUCACUACGCAGAGCGGGAAGACGCUGUUUGCGACGACGCGAUCGAACACAAUUGGCGUGCCUGGCUACAUCAGCGCGUUCAGCCUGGCGGAGAACGGCAGCAUCGAGAGGCAACUGUUCAUGAACCCCACUUCGUCUAGUGGCGGCCACUCGAACGCGAUCGCACCAUGCCCGUGGACCGACGAGUACAUUGCCAUCACAGACGAUACGGUCGGAUUCAUUGAGAUGUACAGAUGGCAGGAUGGAUUCUUGGGCAGGGUUGCGAGAUGUGAGGUUACCGAGCCGGGCUUCGGCAUGAACGCCAUCUGGUACGACUAG